CCGAAACUUUAGUCAGUGCCAGCAUUUCAGCUUGUUCAGAGAUUGGCUUGUACGUUCGCUGUUCUCAGUCGGAAGAACCCAGGAUACGGAAGAAAGUGUGAGAAGACCAACGAAAGGAACAGUCUUUCACCUAUCACCACCCUACGGGAAUUCAAAGGAAACUGCGUAGUUGAUGCCCACAGUAGGAUAGCGAGAUCCUAUCAUCCAAUCCAACUGCCAAUAAAGUGUAUUAUCGGAAGCCUCAGUAGCUCCAAAGUGCCGGUAUUCGUUGAUAACAUACAUAGGUUAUUCAACUCCAAAGUGCGUAUUAUAAUAAGUGUGUUCAGAGGAAAAGUACAAAGUUAUUUUCUACUGAAACUUGUACCUGAUAAACGAGAAAAACAAAAGCAUCAUCAUGUCAGCAUCACCAAUCGCCCGGCAGGCCUGCAGCCAAAUGCAAGCCAUCCCAACGAAGAGAAUUCUGAUCCACGAUGCCUCGGAACUGCCGGACCUCUACUCGUCCACACCCGGAGGCACCAUGUACUCUACUACUCCAGGAGGUACCCGCAUCGUCUACGAGAGGGCCUUCAUGAUGAAUCUGAAAAAUUCACCACUAUCGCGCACCCCGCCGACUAAUCUGCACAAUCUACCUCACAACAUCCUGCGGAACAGUCCCGGCAAGGCACCGGUGGCCACCAAUCUGAUGAAACCAAAGCCCCAGACGACCCAGGUCCAGCACUCACCGCCCAAGUUCGAUGAACACCAGGAACAGUUCGACAUGGAGAUCUAAGGUUUCCUCCGAGAACUUCCAGCUUUCUUUCUUGUUGAUGAUGGAGAUCAUUAGGCAUACGUUCUCUACGUAUCGCGAUUAUCGGGAGAGCAGCCACGUUUAUUAUAAACUUUAUAAGUUUAUCCCCUAAUCUUAAAAACACUUUAGUCGUUUGUAAGUCUUUUUUAUUGCUUAGGAAGGAAGCUGCUUUGCAAACGUGCGGCCUCCGCCUUUUUGAGAUGGCAGAUAUUAGCGAGACCAAACAUAAAAUCUGUGGGCAUUCAACGAAAAAAAAGUAUCUUUAAUGUUUUAGAGGAAAAAAAAGUUCAGUUCAAAGACUGUCAAACUUUAACUAAAAUUAUGCAAAACAUCUUAAACCAUAAUACAAUCAUAGGCAGCAAAUGUUAAGAAAAACCCCAAUCAAUCAGGAAACUAAAUCCGGAUGGAACCCUCAUCUACGUGGUUCUCAUCGAAUUCAGAGUGUUUAUCAGAUUGUCGAAUGUUCUUAAAGUUAGAAGAAACCACUCCAACGACGUUUUGCAUAGUGCUUCGUUAUUGAAAUAAUUUUUAAUUUUAAACCACAAAAAAAAUCAAAACGAAACAUGUCAACUGCUUCUCGGUGGUCGAGAAAAGUUGCCCCUCAUUUUGGAUGUUAUUUAACUGUUUUUUUUUCGCGCGGUCGAUAUGUGAUAUUGAUAUAUGUAUGGAUAAACUUGCACCAUUCAAGCGAUCCGUUUUGAUUUUUUGUGUAAGGUUAGGUGUUUCAAAUAUAAUUUUUUGCUUAAUUUAAGUGAAGACAUGUAAACCAUUUUAGUAUCAUCGGAUAGAAAAGCAAAAAUUUGUUUUGGACUUAGUAACUAUUUCACUAAAUGAAAAACAUGUUUUGGUAGCAAAAAUCAAGCAUAAUUGUUGUAGAGCUUCGCUGUAGAUGUAAUUUAACUCUAAUGUUGUUAUCAUCAGGAAUUUUCUUCGUAACGCAGGAGAGAUGAUUGAAUAUUUUAUUGUCGCAUGAAGCGAUAAUAUUGAUAACCCUUUAUAAAUAUCUUUGAAGAAUUCAAUACCAGGCUAAACAGUAGUAGAUGAUGAUAAAGAUCAUGACGUUGAAUCUAAUUCGAUAACUUCUGCUAUGAAAUGAUAUUUUGAGUAUAAUAAUAACAAAUACAUAAAUAAUGAAUCAAAUGAAAAUUUAA